GGGCCAAGAGGUUCCGAGGCGCGCGGGCGCACUGACGCCAGCGGGAACCGUUUGGCUACAGUUAUUCUGGGCCAAGAGGUUCCGAGGCGCGCCCGCACUGACGCCAGCGGGAACCGUUUGGCUAGUUAUUCUGGGCCGAGAGGUUCCGGGCGUUGUUUCCUGGGUGGAUGUGUGACAGAGAUUGGGUGGGGUCCCCUCUAGCGCUGGUUCUGGGCUCGGGGGACCGCGAAGAGCCGAGGGACAGCUGAGGUGUCUCCGGAGCCGGUGCCUCAGCGAUGAAGAGGAUUUUCGGCUUCGGGAGGAGGAAGAGCGAUCCGUCGCUGAGCUCCGACAGCUCCUGCGGGGACGGUGAGUCUGGGUACCUCCUCCAGGACCAGGACCUUGGCAAGAUCCACAGGGCCGCCAGUCGCGGCAAAGUGGCCAAAGUGCAGCAGAUCCUGUUGCUCGGAGAAAAUGGCGUGAAUGACAAGGACAAAAAGAACAGGACCGCUCUGCAUCUGGCCUGUGCCAAUGGCCAUGCAGAAGUGGUAACUCUCCUGGUAGAGAGAAAGUGCCAGCUGAACUUCUAUGACAAUGAACAAAGGACAGCUCUGAUGAAGGCUGUACAAUGCAAGGAAGAGGAAUGUGCAACCAUUCUGCUACAACAUGGUGCUGACCCAGAUAUUAUGGAUGCCAGUGGCAACACGGCUCUCCACUAUGCUGUCUGUGCUCAGCAUAUACCAAUAGCAGCCAAACUGCUUUCAUACAAUGCAAAUAUUGAGGCAAGAAACAAGAAUGACUUCACACCACUUUUACUUGCUAUACAUGAAAACGAACAGCAAAUGGUGGAAUUUUUAGUAAAGAAAGAAGCAAAUAUACACGCAGUUGAUAAGGCAAAAAGAACAGCCCUCAUGCUUGCUGUGAAUUUUGAAUCACCAAAUAUAGUCAGUCUUCUUCUUCAGAAAGGUGUUGAUGUCUUUUCUCGAGAUACCCGUGGAUGGACUGCAGAAGAAUAUGCUCUUUUUAAUGGUUUUAGUAUCAGUCGCCAACUGAUUUCUGAGUAUAAAGAAAAAAAGCUACCUGUGAAUUCCUCUCAAAAUAAUAAUCCAGGAGAGGAAGAGCAUUCUGAAGAAGACUCUUUAAGCAGGCUUUCUAACAAACCUGGCAUUGAUGAUUCAUGUCCUACAUCAGAUCAAGACUUCGAUUUUGAUACCAAGACUCUCCCCAAACCAAGCUUAACAAAGCUAAUGACUGCUUGUCAGCAAUUCAGGAAAAACAUCGAAGAAAAUCGUAGCAUUGUGAGACCAGAAAAUAGAACCUUGUUGGAGGACAGUAGUUCUGAUAGUGCACAUGAAGAAGAUGUGGUUGAAAGUCUCCCAAAGUUGCCAGUCAGAGUCCAGGGCCUCUCUCAUGCUGCCUUUCCAUCACCUGACCCUCUUCUAAAACCUCCCCUCGAGUCUUCAGCAGUCCCUGGUGCUACAAAGGAAGGAACAACAAAGCCAGCAAUUAUAGAAAAAGAAGCUGGUAUUGGUAUUACUGAAAGUGCUCCAAGAGAACAAACAAAUAGUGGCAAUAUGACUUCUGUUGUUGGAGCACACAAAAAUGAUAGAAGUGAUAUGAUGCCAGCUUUAGGAUUGGGUGAAAAGGAAGAUAUAGAAUCACCUUGGGAUUCUGAGAGCAUCUCUGAGAGUCUUCCACAGAAGUAUGUUGCUCAUUUAUCUGAAGUCACAGAUCGGAAAGGAAAAAAUAUAUUAAAUGGACAAAUAGAAGAUUCUCCUGAGAAAUAUCCUCAUGUGAAGCCCAUGCAGCCUAUCGUUGAAAUGAAAGAUUCUGCACCUAAUAAAGCAGUGAGAAUCAAGGAUGUACAAACAUCCGAAUCAGAUUGGGAUUCUACUAGUUUGACCCUCAGUAGUGAGCAUUGCAAAACAUCUGGGGAUUUGAAAGUUGAUGACAAAUGUCUAUUUGUAUCACAAUCAAUCACCAAAAAUCAGUCAGCAUCCACAGAAUUUGGACAGAUGACCUUAAUAGAUAAAGAGAAGUUUAGUACUGGAACUAUAUUUCUAUUAGAGAAUUAUUCUCUCCAUGACCCGUGUGAAUCACAGCUAUCAGAAAAGAAAGAGAGCAAAGAAGAUUUGUCAGCAGAACUAGACUUAAAAAUGAAAUCAGAGGAAGAACAAGAGAGGCUUGAUGGAAGUGAAAACAACCAACCACAGGCAUUUCCUGAACAAAGAGAACCCAGUCUCGAAAAUGUCUUUCCAUCUCAUUUAUCCUCUGGGUCCCAGGAAAAUACUUGCCAGUCAUCUUCUAAACUUGAUUUAAAUGAUAAUAAAUUAAACUAUGAAAAUGAUUAUAAACCUGACACUGAACACAUUUUUCACAAAAAUAAGGUUGGAGAAGAAACGAAGAAGCACAAAAGAAGUGAAAUGGAAGUGUCAGAAAACUUGUAUGCUGCUGCUGCUGAGGAUGAUGAGGAUGGAUUCAUUCAACAAAGAAAGAGUGAAAAAACUGAUAGACAGCAAUUUCCUAUUAAGGAUAAUGAUUCUAAUAGUAGCAGUCCUGCCUUGCAUAUGAAGGAAGUAAAGAAAAAUGAAAAUGAAAAAUGGACCUCAAAGGAACCUGUGAUUACACCAAGGUUUGAGAAGACAGAUUCACUGACUGGCAUUCUACUGCAAGUGAAUAAUGACAGCAUUUUAAGUGAAAUAGAUCAGGAGGAAGAAAGGACUGCAAAGAAAACAUCUGAUGAAAAGAACAAGGUCAAAAAGCAAAUUAAUUCUGUGGAUGAUCUUGAUGACUUAACUCAGGCAUCUGAAACGGCUUCAGAGGAUUGUGAAUUGCCUAUGUUGCUAAUUGAACAACUUGGAAUGGUUUGUAAAGGUAGGACCCUUAACUUGAUUUUUACUCAUUCUGUUCAUUACUGCAGAUUAAAGAAACUCUUAAAGAUGACAAGAAAGGAGUUAAGUGAAUAUGAAAAUGGAGAACUUAGUUUCCGUGGAGAUUUAAAACCCAAGCAAAUUGAAAGGGAUAGUCAGAUUACUGUGCUAAAACUUCAGAUUGAUGAUCUUAUAGCAAAACUUGAAACUUCAUCUUCAAAAUGCCUACAUCUGUAUGCAAAAAAUCAAGAUCUUCAACAGGAGUUAUUGUCUGUGAGAGCAAUACAAAAGAGAUGUGAAAAACUGGAGAAGAAUAAAAAGAAGUUGGAACAAGUAGUAGUAAACCUCAGAAGUCAUGUAGAAAUGAAUAUGCUAGAACUUGGUCGAGUAGAACAAUAUAAACAGGAGAUUGAAGAAAGAGCCAGACAGGAAAUAGUAGAAAAAUUAAAAGAAGUCAAUCUAUUUUUACAGAUACAAGCAGCAUCUCAAGAAAAGUUAGAGCAGUUAAGGGAGAAUAAUAACACUUCAAUGAGACAGCAGAUGGAACUCAGAAUAAAAGAUUUAGAAUACGAACUUUCCAAAAUGAAAAUUUUCCAAGAAGAUUCUAAUAAAUCAGAGCUGGAAAGAUACAAGCACCUGUAUCUAGAAGAACUAAAAGUUACAGUAUUGUCAAAGAAACUAAAUGAGACUCAGGAGCAGCUAGCAGAGACCACCACCAAAUUACUCAUGGAGAAGCUACGGAACAGAUACUUAGUCAGCCCUCUUACCGUGACACCGGUCCUGGAGCCAUCAUGUGCUGGAAAUCUUAAUAAUCAUUCAGUGCUCAAUAGAAAUCUUAUUCCAAGACAAAAUGUAGUAAUUCCUUCCUCAAUCCCACGGCCUUCAAGUAAUAGCAUGGAGACCUUCUUCACCAAGCUGCAGCAGGAGUUGGAAAGAAAUAUAACUAGAGAAAUACGGAAAGCUGCUGCUGAUUUUGAACUUGGAUCCUAUAGAGUUCCUCUAGUCUAGUGAUGAGUCAAAUCAAAAUCAAGAUCUAAUUUUAAAAACAUCGCAA